AAAGCCGUCAUCUUGCUCAAGACGCGCUCGACGCCAAGCGAUCCCUAUGAGCACAUCUUCGAGGAAAACAAAAUGCAGCCGUACUUUGUCCCCGUUUUGGAUCAUGCCAUGUGCAAUCUCGACGAGCUCAGGCACCUGUGUACUCAGUCCAGCGAGACUUUUUCUGGCCUCAUUGUCACGUCCCAACGAUCUGUCGAAGCACUUGGCGAGAUUUUGCAUCAACUCUCUACUGAGGACAAGCAGCGCUUGCUCGCACAAGAGGUGUAUACUGUUGGUCCUGCAACCCAUCGAGCCAUUGCCAAUCUCGGCUUUUCACAAAUUCUCGGCUCAGAAUCCGGCAAUGGUGAUGCAUUGGCGGACUUCAUCCUUGCGCGCUCUCAACAAGCAGACGUUUCCAAGCCGUUGUUAUUCUUGGUCGGCGACAAGCGUAGGGACAUUAUCACGCGCCGUAUGGAAAGUGCAGCGAGGCCUCUACAAGAGCUCAUUGUCUAUAAGACUAUUGAAAAUGCCGACUUCCCACAAGCGUUCGCCAAUGCCAUCAAGGCCAUUCAAUGUGCACAACAGAGUCUCACGUCACUGGUCUUCUUCUCUCCGGCAGGUGCGCAUGUUGCUCUCGCUCAUCUCAAAGACAACCACGAUGUCACCCGCAUCGCAUGCAUUGGACCGACUACAGAACGUUAUCUCGUUGAUGAAUGGGCAUGUCAGAAUGUCAUUGUUGCCGCAAAACCAGAUGCACCGCAUCUAUUUGAAGCAUUG